GCGAGUCAGGCCGGCGCCGCGACAGGAUUGGCUAAGGUCCCGUCUCAUUUGGGGAACUCGCACUCUUCUGUACCAGUACUACCCUAGCUUGCGGCGGCCGGCCAUGGCGGACGAGGAGCACGAGGUGUACGGCCAGGAGAUCCCCCUCGACGGGGAGGACGUCGACAUGGGCGCCCCCGGCGACGAGGCCGCCAAGAUGCAGGAGCUCGACGAGAUGAAGCGGAGGCUCAAGGAGAUGGAGGAGGAGGCCAACGCCCUCCGCGAGAUGCAGGCCAAGGUCGCCAAGGAGAUGCAAGGUUUGGAUCCUAAUGCAACCCCAUCCGAAUCAAAAGAGGAGAUGGAUGCUCGGUCGGUGUAUGUUGGAAAUGUUGACUAUGCAUGCACCCCAGAAGAAGUCCAGCAGCAUUUUAAUUCCUGCGGAACUGUCAACAGAGUGACAAUCCUGACUGACAAGUUCGGGCAACCUAAAGGUUUUGCUUAUGUUGAAUUCCUUGAAGUAGAAGCUGUUCAAGAAGCUGUUAAGUUGAAUGAAUCAGAACUGCAUGGUCGCCAAAUCAAGGUGGCGCCUAAGAGGACUAACGUCCCUGGGAUGAAGCAGCCCCGGGGAGGCAGAGGAUUUGGUGGCCAUCCCUAUAUGAGGCCAUAUGGAGCACCGUUUUACAAUCCCUAUGGCUAUGGAUAUCCCAGAUUCCGCCGCCCACGCAGGCCAUACUUUUGAAGCUGUCUUUGUGGAGUCUUCAGCACAUGACAUAGUCUUAAAAUAUAGCCAAAGAACCGUCGUUGUUGCUGUAUUUCGUCACUUCAUAGUUAGCACAACUAUAAGUUUGCUUAACUUCUUCACAGGGUGUUCUUUUUGUUGUUUAACGAUGCAUUAUUGCAAAUUCAGUCAGCAGCGUUAUGUACUGUUAACUAAGUAUAUGUGAAAGUGCGCACACUGUAUUGGCUGCAUUUUUCGUA